UUCAUGUAAAUUUACAAGGGCAUAUGCCUGCAGGGAGCGACAUUACAGAAACCUCUGAUACUUGAGAGAAACUAUAACCGAGUUGAUCCGUUGAGAGACUUUGACGAAGAAUGAAACGUUUCUUUAAACCGAUAGAGAAGGAAGGGUCUUCAAAGAAGCCCUCUCUUUCACCUUCUGAAAAGGACGACGGAGAGAACAGGGAAAUAUCCGGCGAGGACAAGAGAGAGCCGUUGAAGUUCUUGACCUGGAAUGCCAAUAGCUUUCUUCUCCGAGUCAAGAACGACUGGCCUGAGCUCAACAAGUUCGUGACAAGUUUUGACCCUGAUGUCAUUGCAAUACAGGAAGUAAGGGUGCCUGCAGCUGGUUCAAAGGGUGCACCUAAAAAUCCAGGAGAAUUAAAAGAUGAUACAAACUCAUCACGCGAAGAAAAACAGAUUUUGAUACGUGCCCUUUCAAGUCUACCCUUUGCAAAUUAUCGUGUUUGGUGGUCUCUUGCAGAUUCAAAGUAUGCAGGAACUGCACUUUUUGUAAAGAAGUGUUGCCAACCGAAAAAUGUCUUCUUUAAUCUUGACAAGAGAGCUUCAAAGCAUGAACCAGAUGGCCGGGUCAUUUUAGCUGAGUUCGAUACAUUCCGCUUAUUGAAUACAUAUGCACCAAACAAUGGUUGGAAAGAGGAGGAAAAUUCAUUUAUAAGGAGAAGGAAAUGGGAUAAAAGGAUAUUGGACUUUGUCCUUCAAUCUUCAGAUAAGCCUCUUAUAUGGUGUGGUGAUCUGAAUGUUAGCCAUGAAGAGAUUGAUGUGAGUCAUCCAGAAUUUUUCAGUGCAGCAAAGCUCAAUGGUUAUGUUCCUCCAAAUAAAGAGGAUUGUGGGCAGCCUGGAUUUACCUUAUCUGAAAGGAAGCGUUUUGGUACCAUAUUGAAAGAGGGAAAGUUAAUUGAUGCAUAUAGAUUCCUACACAAGGAGAAGGACAUGGAGUGUGGCUUCUCAUGGUCUGGGCAUCCCAUUGGGAAGUAUCGUGGAAAAAGGAUGAGGAUAGACUAUUUUGUAGUUUCAGAGAAACUCAAAGAUAGGAUUGUUGCAUGUGAGAUACAUGGGAAAGGGAUUGAAUUACAAGGUUUUUAUGGAAGCGAUCAUUGCCCCAUUACAUUUGAGCUUUCACAAGCAUGUCCCAACGCCAAGCAUGGCGAAGCUUCCAUGUAGAAGUCUGUAUGUGCCCCUUUUUAAAGAUGCUGCCAUUCUCAACAAGAAGCCUUCUUGGUGAAUGUAUCAAAUGGCAACCUCUGAGGUAGUUUUUUUGUGAUGCUUCUCUUAUAUUUGUAGCUAAGGACCAACUAGAGAUGCACAUGGCAGCUAUUACAUUAAUUGGGAAUGCUGGUUUUACUGUGUUAAUAUGAUAAAAGUGGAACUUGGUCCAACUCUGCCCCGUGUCCCCCAUAAUUAGGAAAGUAAAUGGGACAAAAGUUUAAAAAAAAGAAAGGAAAUGCGUGAGACAUGAACAUGGAUGUCAUCUAAAAUGUUAAACACCAGAACAAAAAAAGAAGUUGAGAAGAUUUGAUGGUCCGAACCAUGUUGGAUGUGGUCUCAGGCCAUAUGGGUCUUUUCAUGAGCAUCUUUAACGUCCACUCUGAAACUUUGACUAAAUUUCUUUUGGGGUCACUAAAUUACUAAAGUGAAAGAGUUUCUUUAGGAAAAUGUUUGGGGUAUUACAGUAUUUACCACAAUUCCUUACAAACUUGCGGCGAUACUCAUGGCAUUUGCUACAUUAGCCACAUAUUUGCCACGUCAGCCACACAACCCUAGCCCUCUUCCAUCUUGAGACCUUGCCACCUUUAACUACCAUUGUCCACACUGAGCGAACGCUAUGAGUUUCCAUGAGUCGAUGACCAGACUCACGGUUUGGCUGUGGGUGUCGAUAUAUAUUUGUUUGUUCUCCAUUUUCACAAUGAAAUCAGUGUCCAAGUGAGGAGGAAGGGACAAGGUGGUUGCCAUUGUCUGUGCAGGUGUGGAGGCAGCACCGUAGGAGGCAAA